AUCCAAACCCUCAAGAGGAAAACGGAAAACAACAUUAUCAGAAGAAGAAGAAGAAGAAGAAGCAAAAAAAAAUGUCGUCGGCAGCUCAAAACAACGGCCAUCACUUCUUCCCGUUAACUCUCUCCGUCAAGCUCAAGUACGUUAAACUCGGCUACCACUACCUGGUCCCUAACUCCGUGUACCUCCUGCUCAUCCCACUCGCCGCCGUCUUCCUCACCAACCUCUCCACCCUCUCCACCGCCGACCUCCUCGAACUGUGCAGCAGAAACUCCGCCAUCCUCACCGCCACCUCCAUCUCCUUAGUCUUCCUCGCCACCGUCCACGUGAUGCACGCCCCGCGAAAAAUCUACUUAUUGGACUUCGCUUGCUACAGGCCCAGCCCGGCCCAAAUGUGCUCCAAGGAGCGCUUCAUGAGGAUUUCAUCCGCUACGGGCAAGUUCACGGAACAAAGCCUGGAGUUCCAGCGCAAGAUACUGGAGAAAUCCGGGUACGGUGACAUGACCCACAUUCCCACGGGGCUGCUCGGGGAGCUGCCCGCGGACCAGUCGAUGGCCGCGGCAAGGGCGGAGACGGAGACCGCCAUUUUCGGAGCCAUCGAUGACUUGCUGGACAAGUGUGGGGUGGAGGUUAGGGAGAUUGGAGUGCUGGUUGUGAACAGUAGCUUGUUCAAUCCGACGCCGUCUCUUUCGGCCGCCAUCGUCAACCAUUACAAGCUCCGGGGGAACGUCUUGAGCUUUAAUCUCGGCGGGAUGGGUUGUAGCGCAGGCUUGAUCUCCGUUGACCUCGCUAAAGACCUCCUCCAGGUGCAUCCCCACACGUACGCGCUGGUGGUGAGCACAGAGAACAUAAUCCGCGGGUCCUACUUCGGCAACGACCGGGCGAAGCUUCUGAGCAACUGCCUCUUCCGCAUCGGCGCCUCCGCCGUCCUCCUGACCAACCGCCGGUCCGAGCGCCGCCGAUCAAAGUACCAGCUCUGCCACACCGUGCGGACACACAAGGGCGCCGAUGACAGGUCCUACCGCUGCGUCUUCCAGGAGGAAGACGAACAGGGCAUCGUCGGCGUCUCCCUGUCUAAAGACCUAAUGGCCAUCGCCGGCGAAGCAUUAAAAACCAACAUCACCACUUUGGGCCCGCUCGUCCUGCCCUUCUCCGAGCAGAUCCUGUUCCUAUCGACCCUAAUCGCGAGGAAAUUGAUGAAAUCGAAGGCGAUCAAACCCUACAUCCCGGAUUUCAAGAUGGCGUUCGAGCACUUCUGCGUCCACGCCGGCGGCAGGGGCGUGCUGGACGAGGUGGAGAAGAGCCUGGAUCUGGCGGAGUGGCACAUGGAGGCGUCGAGGAUGACGCUGUACAGGUUCGGCAACACGUCGAGCAGCUCGCUGUGGUACGAAUUGGCGUACAGCGAGGCCAAGGGGCGGAUCAGGAGAGGGGACCGGGUCUGGCAGAUCGGGUUCGGGUCGGGUUUCAAGUGCAACAGCGCGGUCUGGCGGGCGCUCAGGACUGUGGAUCCCAAGUGCGAGAGGGAGAGGACGAAUCCGUGGGCGGGCGAGAUUGAUGGGUUUCCUCUUGAGCUUCCCAAACUGGCACCUGUUGUUGCGAACAAGGGCUUGGCCUAGUGGUAACACCACUAGCCUAGAACCUGGAGGUCCCAGGUUCGAAUCCCUUAAGUAGUACCUUAAUAGCAACAAAAUGAACCUAUAUCACCCUUAUCAAAAAAAAAAAAAAAAAAAAAAAGUGGCACCUGUUGUUUACUGAUGAAUGAUUGACGAACAUGGGUGGGUUGGGGUGGGUGUGGAAAUGAGUACUAUACUAUUUAUUCCUAGUGUUCACAACAAGUCAAUCGUGAACACAGCAACAUUUAUUAUCAUGCCGUGAAAUGUAAUUUGUUUGAUUGUUGUGUUUGUUUUACUUGGAACAAGGAAUAAGUCUUUUGCCCA